UACUUGCGUCGCUAGUUUGGAGCUGCCGCUAUCUGUCUUCGCCACGGGUCACUGUUAUCCGCAUCACCACGCUCCGGCCUCUCCAAGUCACAUAAAAGCAGGAUUAGAGCUGUUAGUGGACGAACGAGAAGGCGGGGACUGCUUUCAAGGUUCCCACACAUUUUUACGCACACCCUCCUCGCGGGCAGCAUCUUUCUAGUGUUCCCGAGUGCGCGCAACAGGUCGGACCGCCUGUUCAACCAUGCCGAGCAAAAGCCAGUACUUGCGUCCGAGGCUGUGCAUGCUGGAGAAGGGAGACAACGGCUACGGGUUUCACCUACACGGGGAGAAAGGGAAGACCGGCCAGUUCAUCCGCCUGGUGGAGCCCGACAGUCCCGCUGAGAGCUCCGGGCUGCGCGCCGGAGACCGCCUCGUCUUCGUGAACGGCGAGGACGUGGAGAACGAGAGCCACCAACAAGUCGUGUCCCGGAUACGCGCCACGGCGGGACUCCUGGAGCUGAUCGUGGUAGACCCGGAGACGGAACAGUUGCUAAAGAGACACAAUCUGAAGUGCCAGAAAGAGUAUGUCACCGAGGGAGUCCCGGUGGAGGAGGAAGAUGGGGAGGAAGAGGAGGUGGAGGUAGAGGAGCAGCGGCAGGUGGAAGAGGGAGAGUCUGUGGAAGCGGAGACCGUGGAUGGGACAGAGAACGGAGACAAAGAUGAUGAAGAAAAAGUAGUUACCGCGGAUGUAGAGGCGGCAGAGGAGACACAAGAGGAGACACACGAGGAGACACACGAGGAGACACACGAGGAGACACACGAAGAAACACACGAAGAGACACACGAGGAGACACACGAGGAGACACACGAGGAGACACACGAGGAGACAAAUGAGGAGACAGCUGAGGAGACACGGGAGGAGACACGGGAGGAGAGACGGGAGGAGGACGCGCAACAAGACGUGACCCCGAGACAGUCCACGCCGGUCCCGGAGCCGGUUCACGAGAGCAACGGAGACAUCCACAAUCACGUGGAGAAGAAGCUCAGCGUCCACUCCGAUAAGGACUCCGUAAAGGAGGAGAAUACAGCGUUGCGACCGCGCCUGUGUGUCAUCCAAAGAGGACCAAACGGGUAUGGGUUUAACCUGCACAGCGAGAGGGCCAGACCGGGCCAGUUCAUCCGGGCGGUGGACGAAGACUCUCCAGCUGAGAGAGCAGGACUGCAGCCCCAGGACAGGAUAGUACAGGUAAACGGAGUGCCAGUGGAGGGGAAGACGCACUCACAAGUGGUGUCCGUCAUAAAAGCUGGAGGCACUGAGACUAGACUGCUGGUGGUGGACCCAGAAACAGACGCUUUCUUCAAGAGGUGUAGGGUGGUCCCCAGAGAAGAGCACAUCACAGGUCCACUGCCUGAGCCUGUAGUCAAUGGAGGGAUAGAGGAGAAGGUGAAUGGCAGAGAGACAAAGGAGCUAGAACAAGAGUCCAAACUGUCAGUGAGUCCUUCUCCAUCGAACGCUUCGUCCAAUACCUCUCUCACGACUCCCACAGCAAACACUCCGCCUGAGGGUCUGAUCACUGAUGCCAUACCAGCACUAAACCUGAGCCUCCAGCAGGUCAAGGAGCUCGCUCACCAGAAACGUUCCAACAAAAGAGCCCCGCCAAUGGACUGGACCAAGAAGAAUGAACUGUUUAGCAACCUAUAGGGGAUUUUAUUGAUUAUACACUGAGAAUCGGACUGGUUUUACAGGUUGUGAUGAAAGAGAAGGAGCUGGUUGCUUUUUGUAAAAUAUGGUCUUACCACUUUACUAUCUUAUUAUAUCUCAGAUGUUUUAUGUAUAAUGUGCUACUAACAAAAGCAAUAUACACAUGUGACCUAUGUGAAAUGUGAGUGCAUUUAUGGGCCCUGACAAUCCCUGCUGGACAGAGCAGAAAAGCAAUGGAAGUUGGUUUUGAGACGGUUAAUGACAGGUUUUUACGGAUCAUCCUCAUCACAUAAAUCUGACAAUCAAGACUUUGAACCUGCCUAAUCUUUUGUCUUUACAUUAAAAUAGAUUCUAUUCCAGCACAUCACAUUACAUUUUAAGAAUGAUUUCCGCCUUUGUUAUUAUGCUACAGCUUUAAAAAACUGGAAUGUAUAUAUCUAAACAGAACCUAUUUGUAUUAUAUAUAUAUUUUUAAAAGGUUGACCGAAGCUCUAUAGUCUAAAGUUAGAUGCAACUUUAUAUUGCUAUAUUAUCUUUUCCAGUGCACUGUAACAUUGCCAUGACAAACGUCCCCUGUGAAUGAUCAUAUAUAGAUGCGUUUAUUUCUGUGAAAAGUAUGUUAUCUUGAAAUUAGUCUAUAGGGUGAAAUGUUUUUGCUUUCAUAAGAUCGAAUGCUUUUCUUAGAAUUCCAGAAUCAAUGAAGGAAAACUGAUUUAAAUGUGAGGAAAUGUUUUUGUAGCUUGUGUAAGCUAAACUCAAUUUACAUUUUAAUAAAUAAGUCACUAUUG